UCCCUGUUGCCAUGGAGGGUGAGGUCAGAGAAAGUCCAUGUGAGUUGGAAUCACUUCCUGCUGCUGCUGUUUGUAUCUGUGAAGUCUGAAGACCAGGGAGCGAGACAGAGCUUGUCUGGGUGCCUAGCAGAGGCCUGGCCAUCCCUGCCCAUCCGAAACCUGGCGGAUAUCCUCCUCAAUGGGCACGUUGGCAGUGACUCAUCAGAAGUCUGUCUUGUACCAACACUGAAGGCAUUAUUCUGGCACUGAUCUUCCUCUGUUUUUUAAAAGCUUCAGCCCAGAACUGGCAUUCACUGCGAGCCUCUAAUCAAAGGACUCUAUUCAUUGCGGAGAGCAAGCUGAAUGUUAAUCUGCAUCCGGCCAAUUCAUUGACAUGCUAUGUGCUGCUGUGGACAUUUUGACUUGCUAAAACCUUGAGUUACUGACUGAAAGCGGUGGGUGGGGGACAAACGCAAGGAGGAACCUGACUUCGAAAGACUCGGGACCAGUUUUGGAAUUUUAAGAUGUGAACUGUCUCCGACCAGAUUUUGUUGAAUGUCUCUGUAAGCAAAAUCCCAGCCAUGUCGCAGAUGUUACACAUUGAAAUACCCAAUUUCGGGAACACAGUCUUGGGUUGCUUGAAUGAGCAGAGGCUCAUGGGACUGUACUGCGAUGUCUCCAUAGUCGUGAAAGGUCAAGCGUUCAAGGCGCACAGGGCCGUUCUGGCGGCAAGCAGUCUGUACUUUCGAGAUUUGUUUAGCGGGAACAGCAAAAGCGCCUUCGAGUUGCCGGCUACCGUGCCCCCGGCGUGUUUUCAACAGAUCCUCUCUUUUUGCUACACUGGAAAGCUAACUAUGGCUGCCAGCGAGCAGCUCGUGGUCAUGUACACAGCAGGGUUUCUUCAGAUCCAGCACAUCGUAGAGCGAGGUACGGACUUGAUGUUCAAGGUGAGCUCCCCACAUUGUGACUCUCAGACUACUAUGAUCGAAGAUGCCAGUUCUGAACCGCAAAGCCCCUGUAACCAGACGCCGGCCGCUACGGUGCCCUACGUCAUGUCCCCUUCUAUGCCCAUCCCUCUUUUGACCAGAGUGAAAAACGAAAGUCUGGAGGUUCAGCCCAUCGCAAUGCCUAAUUUGCCCGGCAAAAAGCCAACAGAGACCCAAAACAGAGACCAUGUUGGGGGCAUCACAACGGCUGUUCCACCAAAAAUCCCCCGAGUAUCAUACUAUGGCAUGUCCAACUUGGCGGCACUCUUUCCCAAUGUACAGCAAGUAUCGUACACUCAAGGGGAGCGCACAAGCCCGGGUGCAAGCAGUAUUCCCACCACCGAUAGCCCUACGUCCUACCACAAUGAAGAAGACGAAGAAGAUGACGAGGCCUAUGACACCAUGGUGGAGGAGCAUUAUGGACAGAUGUACAUUAAAUCUACUGGCGGCUAUACAGUGGGACAGGAGAAAGACGUUCAGAUUCAGACGUUGCAGAACUCUGUUGAGAACCGUUCCUGCGUCCUCAUCCGCCGAGACUUAGUGGCACUUCCUGCCAGCCUGAUCAGUCAGAUUGGAUACCGCUGCCACCCAAAGCUCUACUCGGAAGGAGACCCUGGAGAAAAGUUGGAACUAGUUGCAGGGUCCGGCGUUUAUAUCACCCGGGGACAACUCAUGAACUGCCACCUUUGCGCAGGAGUGAAACAUAAGGUCCUAUUAAGACGCCUCCUCGCCACAUUUUUUGACCGGAACACCCUGGCUAAUAGCUGCGGGACUGGCAUCCGCUCCUCGACCAGCGACCCAAGCAGGAAACCUCUGGACAGCAGGGUUCUCAACGCUGUUAAGUUAUAUUGUCAGAAUUUUGCACCAAACUUUAAGGAGAGCGAGAUGAAUGUCAUAGCGGCAGACAUGUGCACCAACGCCCGCAGGGUGCGCAAGCGCUGGCUCCCCAAAAUAAAGUCUAUGUUGCCAGAGGGCGUGGAGAUGUAUCGCUCCGUCAUGGGCGCCACAGCCGCUGGGGUGGCGCUAGAGUCCGAUUUUCAACCAAGCCCGGCCCAGCCGUUCGAGCAACGGAUCUAUGCAGAGCGGAGAAGCGAUUCUGGCGCCAUAGUAUCUUUGAGAACUAACACAGCAAACAUUGACCUCACCAACAACUCCAACCCUUCCUUCGAACAGACCCAGGAGGCGGAAGGGGCAACAGGCUCUGUCAUCCAGGAGGUAGGUGGCGCCGACCCAUUGGUCUCGGAUAACCAGAGCACACCGCCUCCCCAGUUUGAACAAAGCACCGGCUCGACUAGCAGGCCAGAAACCCCGGCGAGAAGACAAGACACCGCUUACAGCGGGACUUUAUAAAAGAAAAUGGAAGCGAGAAGACGGCCGAGCGUCCAGACGGUGACCUAUAAGGGAUGUGUAAUAUUAGCACCGCUUGCAUGAAUUACUAAUACGAAACAAAUGUGAUCAGCCACUUACCCUCAGAACUGCUACUUUUGCCUGACUAAAAUGUGAUUUUUAUUCUGCUUGUAUUAAAAAAACAAAACACAAAAACUGAAAAAAAACACACACACAAAAAGCAAAAUAAGAAAGAAAAAAAAUUAUCGCAUUCGUUAUACUGUAAAUUACCAGGUCGGAAGCGGCCUCCUUAGAUAAGAAGACAAAAAAAAAAACGGGCUCCUUUUUAAAAAACAAACAAAAAAACAGGACUUGCUCUAACGAAAUGAAUGCAUCCAUUAGUUUUUUCUCUUCCAGCCAGGUUGAACGAUCUAUCAUUCAAAAGCACGUAAGAAAAAAGCAAAAAACUGAAAAAAAAACUAUAUAAUCAGCGCCAUUCAUCUUUUCACGGGUAAAACAGAUGUCACCGUCACUUGCAUCUGUCAUUCAAGGUAGAGGACCUAAUGGGAAGCGGAGUCUACGGAACAAGACUAGGUGCCAUAAGGAGGGUUUUUUUGUACAACGGAGAUUAUUGGGUUUCACUCAUCACUUGGUUUCCUUUUUUGUUUUUUCUCUUGCAUUAAGACUAAUGUAACUGCUCGUGACAACUGACGAUGCAAUACGGCUUGUUUUAUGGCGCAUUUUACUUAAGUAGCCAAUUGAAUGAAUGUAAAAGAUGACGGCAGCAGGUGAAGAGUGUGUUUAUCAGGUGGGAGGCAGUGACCUGAUUACUAGCUACAGUAGGACAAGUCAAGGCUAGACUAUUUUAGAUUAUGGCAAUGAUGAUGACAGCAUGAGAUGAAUGAGCUGAUCUUGUAGAAGGCAGUGACCUGUCAUUUCCAUGUUUGUUAGUGAAGACAGGGUUAAAUGCGAUAAGAUUAGUAUGAUGAAGUAGAGAAGGUUAGGAAAUCCAAUAAAUGGUCAGAUAACAGCAGGAGAGGAGUGAGCUGAUCUUCAAAGAAGGCAGUGACCUGUCAUGCCUAUGUUCAUUAGUGAAGACAGGGUUAAAUGUGAUAAGGUUAGUGUCAUGAAGUAGGGAUGGUCAGGAUAUCCAAUAAACGGUCAGAUGAUAACAGCAGGAGAUGAGGGAGCUGAUCUUGUAGACGGCAGUGACCUAUCAUUCCCAUGUUCGUUAGUUAAGACAGGGUUGAAUGUGACUGUUGGCAUGUCCAAUAAAUGGUCAGAUGAUAACCGCAGUAGAUGAAUGAGCUGAUCUUAUAGGAGGGGAUAUCCAAGAAAUGGUCAGAUGAGACAGCAGGAGAUGAGUGAGCUGAUCUUGCAGGAGGCAGUGACCUGCAGUCCUAAUGAUUACAAAUGAGGACAGGAUUUGUGUGUAAAAGUGGGAAUGGAUAGAGUAUCCAGUAAAUAGAUUAUGGGACUGGUUAUUACAACAGCAGGAGAUGAGUGAGCUGAUUUUGUAGUAGGCAUUCCCAUGACUACUUGUGAGGACAGGGCAUAAUGGGACAACACUAGUGUCAUGAAGUAUGAAGGGAAGGAUAUCCAAGAAAUGGUCAGAUGAUAGGAGUGAUGACAGCAGCAUGAGAUGAGUGUGCUGAUCUUGCAGUAGGCAGUGACCUAAGUGUUAGAGAAGGGCAGUAUGUGAUGGGGUAUUCAAAAAUCUUCAGGGGCAAUGACAGCAAAAAGGAAGGUACUAAGUCACUAAUAUAUUGGAGAAGAAAGAGAGGAUCCAAGAAGAAUUUUAGAGCAGUGUGAAAAUAUAGUGAUGCCAAAAGCACCUCUCUGUAUGAAAUGAAAUGUAUAGUUUUCCUACAAUAAUAUGCAAUUUUGAUAGAUAAGAUAGCAUCAGUAGGCUAUUUUCACAUCCCAGUUGUUUUAUUUCUGCAUUUUAGGUACGUAAACAGCUGAAAAACACGGUUGGAGCUACACAGGAUGCUGGUCAAAUUAGACGGCAAAUGUCACCAUAGCUUCCAUGAGCAUAUGAUGGCUGUCAGACCGCUAAAGUACCAGUUGGGUUUGUUCCAUUGGGCUGGUAGAGUUGGUCAAGAAUAUGGUUAGGCCCCACUCUGGGUUAAUCAUUUGGGGAAUGUUGUCCAGGAAUGUGUUGGAAGAACUUUAACCAUAUAAAUGUGGAUGAUUUUUCUACAGGACUAAAAUAUCUGUAAUAAGUGGUACCAUGGAAGUAGUAAAUGCGAAAGUUAUCUUGAAAGAAAGGCCAAGGACAUAAUGUAUAAUACACAGUGAGGGUGAUAUGAUAUAUAGGCAAUGUCAACUUGUAGAGAAUGGGAAUGACCUUUGCCUCGUUUUCCUAUUGUUUCUAUGGAAUCUUAAAGUUGUCCAAGGCAAACCUUUCCAACCAUGCACAGUCAAAAAUUGGCAGAAUCAUUAGGGAAAAAUUUUUUUUUUUGCUGAUCUCAUAAUAGACAUCUUGACUUGGGGGUUCAAUGGUCAAUGAAAGUGUUGUUGUUGUAGGCCAUGAUUGGGGGGUUUAUUACUUGAUAAUGGCUUGGUUGGAGCUUCUGGAACCAAGGUUGUAGGUCCAAAACUUUGAGUUCAAACCUUUGACUGUUCUCUUGGUAGUUCUUUUGAUCUGUGCCAGGUUGUCUACUUGAGAAAGGUUGGUCUUUUUGAGCUUGUCCUAUAGAAGUUGAACCUGCAAACAAUGUUAAAAAAAAAAAAAGGUUUAAGUCGUCAACUUGUCAGGGUUUCAGGCUUAGCAAUUGCUUAAAGGAAGUCUGUCAUUAGGGACCUCUCUAUUUAACCUCAUAGACACAUAGCUGUGCUUCACCUGAUGAUUAAAACGCUGUUUGUUUUUCUUUUGCUGAUCUGAGGCUCCGUUCUAAAGUUCUGAUACUUUUUCUUAAUAUGCAAAUUAGGCCUUUGGUGCAAUGAGGGUGUUACCCUUGUUCUUCCAAAGCUCCACCUCUUUCUGUGGCCAGCUCUUCCCUCCCUGCUUUGGCACUGCCUGUCCCCGUCAGUCAAAGCAGCCAAGGAGGGGCUGGCCACAGAAAGGAGCGGAGCUUAGAUGCAACGAUAACACCCUCAUUGCACCAAAGACCUAAUUUUAUUGGUAAGAAAAAGUAUCAUAUCUCGGGAACGAGGCCUCAGAUCAACAAAAUAAAAACCGUAUUUUAAUCAGGUGUACUAUAGCUAUGUGUCUAUGCAAGGGAGGUCGCUGGUGACAGAUUCCCUUUAGCUUAUUGUUGUUAUUACAUAUGCCUUUGUUUUUUAGUUUUUUACUAUGCCUCACAUAUAAAGUAAUCCUCAAAAGUUGGAUGUUUAUAUCCAGGAUGAAGUCAGAGGUAAUCUACAGAACUUCUAAAAGAAUAACAUUUGAACCUUGCUAACGCAGCACCAGGCUAUCCCAAUAUCCUCAAAAUGGAGUGAGAGUACAUUAAUUUGUCAUGUAAAAGCAGUUUAUUGAUUUAUCAGUCCUAAUGUAUAUUUUAGAAACUGACCCCCCCCCCCCUACACACACACACACACUUUCUGCCGUUGGAUACCUCCCAAGCCUCGGCAAAUUAAUGUAGUCUGCCUUUGAUGCAUGCGUUUCCCAGAAUCCUAUGGGAGGUCUUCAGAUGAAGGUAAUAUCAGGUCACCACAUCAGGCUCUUCUCUUGUUGGAUUGUGUUCAGUCAGAUCGACAUUAACGUAAAGCACUUUAUCUAAAAAUGUCGAUGGGCUUCUUGAACCCAAUGAUAGAUGGGUGACGGGAUCCUCAUGGGGAGGGGUGUUUAUGCUAGGACAGACUAUGCAUUUCUGCAUGGAAUACAUAGCUGAUCAGGCAGAAGUAGCUAAUUGUUGGGAUGUUUUUAUGGACCUGAUGCAAGUUGGAAAAUCAUGUUAAAGGUACAACAGAACAGAUGUUUGUGAAAGGGACCAUAACACAAAUUAUCAGUCAUUCACUGGAGAUGAGAGUUUGUAAGACUUUAGGUCUUGGGCCAUACUCAACCACGUGGGCACUUUUAACACCAUUUAUGAUACAAGCUGGUUUGUUGACCCAACUAACAAACUACAUAGGGCUUAUCGGAUCCUACUGGUCAUUACGUGAUAAUGAGGACUAUAUGGGACUGGAUUUUUGAGAUAUUUUAUUACAUAAUUAUAGCACUUGUUACCAGUCCAUUCUAAUAUUCAUUUAUUUGGUUAUUGUUUGCAUGGUGUUCCUGAGGUUUGCUGGACCUAUAGCUAUGCAGGUGAUCAGGACUCAAAAAACAGCCUUAGCAUGGAAAUAGUAUGGCACCAGGUUCAAGAUGUACAAUUAGUGCCAAAAUGGCCUCAUCUUAGCUCAUUAGUUUAACUCUAGAAAAACAAUAAACCAUAGUAGUCCCACUGUUGAUGUCUGUUUCUUGGCUUCCUGAUCUCUAAUAUUUCCCUAUAAGGAUCUGCCCAACCUUGUUACAAAAUGUGCACAAAUUAGAAAGGACCAAAAUGCGUUGUGUAUCCCAAACUUUAGACAAGCUAAUGGGGGGGGGGGGGAAAGCCUCUUGUCUCGGGAGGUGAAACGCUUUGGGUUCCUUACGUUGAAGUCAAUAAACUUAUCUCUUAUCUAAUACAGGUACUUCCAGCAGCAUAGUGUAGAGAUGAUUGUAGGCACAAAUGACCAGAUCUUAAUAUAUAUGUAUGGAAAAAUUGAAAAAAAAUAAACAAGGUACCUUCUUGCACAGCGUACCUUGACAGUGGUAUCUGCAGUGCAGGUAUUAGUAUAGCUCAAGAUCAAUAAGGUUAAACCAAAGCGGUAUUAAUCUGUAGUAAUCUAAAGAAUUAAAGCACUUAUUAUAUUGGGUAUGAAACGCGUGUGUGUUAGAAAUGAUCAUGAUCUGUGAAUUAAUGGAAGUUAUAUGGAAAGGUAAUGAAUGUAAAAUACAUGAGUUUAUGUACGUUCUUUCAACCCCCAAUUUCAUCCGUACGAUAAAGUAAUGUUGGGGCCCUCAGGGGCCAGCGUAGAAAAAAAAAAAAGUUAUCUUCUUGCACAGACUUGGUGAGAGAGAGGAAGGAGAACCUUCUAUGGGGUAUUGCUAGGCACCUUGCACAAUGGGAGAGAAGAAGAGUAUAUAUAUAUUUUUUUUAUUUAGCUCAUUUCUUCCUGUAUAUAUUUUUGAUUUUAGGAAAGCAGAAUAUGUAGGAUAAAAAUGUUUAAAAAAAAAAAAUGUGAAAGGUAUAGGACUUGCGGACGUGCGCAAGAAAUUUGCACUAACGUUUAUUGUGUGUCAAGGGUUAACGACGAUUGGAAAAGCAGAGUGGAGAGGUGGCAACAAAAAAGUGGGUAUCGAAUGUACGGAGAAAUGUGAUUGUACAGGCUUUCCUGAGUGCCUUAGAGGAUUCUUUUUUGCUAAAAAUAUGUGAAAAAAAAAUGUGUAAAAAAACUAAACAAAACGAGUUCCUCUAUGUCUGUGGGUGGAAGGUCAAAUAAUUCUUCCUAACGGGAUUGAAUAAACUUUAUUAAAUCCCUCUUGUUUACAACCGUUUGUUCGAUGAGUGCUAUUGGCUGUCUAGUCUUCGACGAAAAAGGUCUGCCUAAUAUGACGUUUGUUACCAUUGCAUGUUUUACUUUUUGGGUUUAUUUGUUAGCGAUAUUAAAAGUAUUUGCAUGAUGUAAAAGCACCUUUUUGUUCCUAGGUCUUGUGAAGAUUUAGGAUCUUUUAAAAGGGGUUUGGCGCCUUCAGAUAACUUUAACUUGCGCAUGGCGGCCUCCUGCAACUUUAACUGAUUAGCUUGAGAUGCGACACUUGCGCGGUGGAAUCUCGCGCAGAGUGGUGAUAGAAAUAGCGAAACCAUUAUAGCCACGAUAACCGAUCCGAAAACAGACCCCUUUAAAUUAGGGCAGUGCCAAUUUUACUGCACGAAUAAUGCUAACGGAGCCCAUCGGUUAACCUGCCUCUCAGACGCAACAAGAAUGCCUAUGGUUGGACCUGCCCUGCUGAUUGGUCAAGAGAGUGUAAAGGGGAGGAGCUUCGUUGGCGCCGUAGUUUAAAGGGGUCUUUUCGGUGGCAAACUCCCUUCAAUGUUUUCGAUGAGGGUCUGUGCAAGCCAAAAAUAAUCUGAAGGUCAAAACCCCCUUUAAAGGGGAACUCUAUAUAAUAGGUUUCGUUCCCCUUUACUGUCGAACUUUGAUGGACGAAGCAAAAGCUGAAAUUCUCGCUGUGUCUUCUUCUUCUUCUGAAUUCCACACACAUGUAAUGACACUGUACUUUUUGUUUUUUUGUUUUUAUGGUUACACUGCAUUAUUAAAGGGCACAGUGACCUCCAGUCUCACUUCGACGUGUUUCAUUGUCCAGCAGUUACUUUUGUAUCUGUAAAAAAAUUGAAAUUAACGCCAUGAAAUUGAUCUGUUGGAAACCCUGUGGAUCAGGCAGAGAAAGAAGGUCUCCAUUUUUUAUUUAUUUUUUUCUUUCAUUGCUUGCUCUCCAGAAAGGAACAAGGUCCUCAUUGUUCUUUACAGAAGGCAAGCCACAGUGUGCCGGGUAUGGCCGCUGCUCACAAGUCACGCUGUAUGCCGACGAAUGCUUUCCGAUAUUAUGCAGAUUAUACAUUCACUUUUUUUUUUAAAGAGAGUAAUACCCUUUCCAACCUGUAGGGGUCACUAUGUAAACAUAAUGGCGUCAAUCACUUGUGUCGAUGAGUUUUAUUGAAUUUUUACGCAAGCUAUGAAACCAAAAAGACUCUGCCAUAGACUGGUACCGGAGCACAUUACCCCCGCCCGCCCCCUAACCCCCCAACAAAAAAAAGCUGACCACCUUGUAAGUUUAAAAAAAAAUGUUUUUAAUUUAAGUCACAAUUUUGUUAUGUGUUUUUCAGUCAGGAUUCACUGGGAUCUGGUCAUGUUUGGUCCAGGUUUUCUCAUCAGUUUAGAGCCAACCAGAGGUCUCAGCCAGACAGAGAUUUUCUAUGUAGCGGCCACUGCAGGGGGGAUGUGGUAUUGCAUGACGUCCAUUCCCUACAAGUCAACUGGAACAGAGUUUUCUGGUUCACAGCUUAGGAGGUCCCAAGCGAAGGAUGUCCAUAUGUCCUAACAGGGCACAUAGACAAGGGUUGUCUUCAUUAGACAACCCCUUUAAUAACGGAAUCCAUGUUAAUAGUGUGAACAUUUAACCCCCCCAUUUCUAGCCUGUAUAGUCAGUCUGGUGCAACCAUGUGACCAGACAGUACGCCGGUAUAUCAUGGCUCCGCGGCUUGUGUUGAUCAUUACCUAGACCCAACAACUGGGUGACUCCUUUUACCAAGUACCAAGGGCAUUUAUUCAGCAUAAGAAGCCUUUUGUUUCCUGGUGAAUCAACUACAACUCCCUCAAUACCCUGCCAGCAUGUGACAGUGAGAGCACGAUGAGAGUCAUAGCUGGUUGCAGACAAAAACAUGUCCGCCAACGCUACACAAAAGCAAACCGUCAUACGAUACAAGGUUUAUAGGGUGUAUAACCUUCUAUUAACCUUCUUCAGGUGGCCUAUAAUAUAUUGGUUUCUGUAUACCACAUGGUAGUAACCAAUUGAGUCACUGCUUUCAUUUUCCCACCUGCACUAGAAGAUGGAAUCUGAUUGGUUGCUCGGAGCCACUGCUCAGCACGACCCUGAGUAACCAAACAAGUCAUCUUGACCUGAGAAGAUGUAGCUCAAAAAGGAGCCAGAACAUCCAAUAUAUUCAGUAAACCUUUCAAAAAGACCUAUACAAACCCCAAAAUAUGGUGGUCUAUUCCCUUUAAAUAACCUUCCGCUCUAAUUAUCAAAUAUCCGCUGAGAUGCCCUCUACUACAACAUAGUAUUAAAACAAUUCACACCUGAAGCAAUAUGGCCACCAUAACAGGUCCCUCAGACUCCUAUCUACCUAGAUAUGGUGUAAAAACAGGGUGCCAUCUAUUGGAUUACGCCCAUCUUUCCCUUGUUAGGACAUAUUUAUCAUAGGGCCCACCAAUGAGCCAAGGAGGAGAGUUGCUACCACAUAGUGGAGAGCUUCAUGAUAGAAGCCCUUGAAGUAACUGGAGGACACCUCACUACUUUUUUCUUUUUUCCAUCUGGAAAUGCCCUUUAAUGUGGACUCGACAGUGUUUGAGCUAACAGAACCCAUUUACCUCCCCCACAAAAAAAUUCCAACCUACAUGGUCUAACGCAGUGGUGGUCAACUUCUGUAGUUUCACCACAAAGCUGGAGUACCACCUUGGUAACCCAUUGUAAUCAGUUUCUUCCAUUCAAAGUGUUUUGCACACGACGGGCGAUGGCACGAAACGCGUGGAAUACUAUUUUUAGCAACUAAAAUGGCGCAAAGUUGUCUAAAUAUUUUGACUUGAAGACUUGGAUGGCAUCGGAGUCAAAUAAAACAUUAAUCCUCUGGACACUGUGUUUAAGGAGGAAGGACAGAGCACAUUGUGUUUUUUUUAGGGUUUGUUUAGGUUGGGCCCAGUACUGUAUUUCAUGACUGUUAGACUUCACCGAUCCACUGCUGAGUUAUUAUUAUCCAGUCUCCAUUUGCCUUUUUUUUGCCUUUUUUUAUGUUGUUUGUAUUCCAUCCACUGGUACGUAUGUGCUGUUACUAUGUAUCGUUACGACUGUUAUUUUUGUGACCAUGGCUUUCCUAAUAUAUCAAAACGAGGAGAAAAAAGUCCAACAUUUCCAAAAAUAAAACAUUAAAAUAAAAAACACCAGUCACAAUGGUUUUUCAUAUCACGGGCGAGAGAUUACGGCUUCAUCUGACAUGACAAUUCAUUGUAAGAUGCUUUGUAAAAUUCACAUUUACAGAAUAAUAAAGUCGAUUGAAAUUAC